AUGACAAUUUGGCUUAUAUUGGUCUUCGCUGUACUGAUUUCUGCUAAUCCCAAAGAAGCGCAAUAUGAAUGUGGUGAACACGGAAGGUUCGAAUAUUGUAUCGAUGGGAUCCCUGGCUGUGUUAUCGGCUGUCAUUGCCACCCCGGAUAUUACUUCGAUACCGAUACGAAAAUAUGUGAACAUAAUUCCAAUUUAUUAGACACAUAUCGACGACAAUAUGCAGCAGAACCGACCAGAAUUUCAAUAUCACAAAUGGAUUAUCCUGAGCUUAUUCCCCAGACUCCUUCUCCAGCUCCCAAUGUUAUAGAUGAUCAUGUAGAUAACAUAGCAAAAAAUGCGGACGACCUUGGCGAUUGGCUUUAUAACCAGUUCUACAAAACAAUUGAAAGCCAAGUUAUUAACAAUACAAAUAAAAACGGCAUUACAAGAAGAAGCGGAAAAGUCAGCAACGUCAAUAUGAACGCAAAGAAAAGCCGCAAAACUGAUAAGAAAGGUUCAUCGAAAAAGAAACUCAAGCAAGACGAUUUAAGAAGAAAAUUGUUGAGAAUAACAGAAGAUGACAGCCUAUUCAACUCAGAUUCGGAAACGGAUAGUUCAGACGCCUCUAAUUCUAGUAAAGAGGAAGAUGAAAGUGAUAAAAAGGGCCAUGGACAUAAAAAAUUCGUAAUAGUAAACAAGAAACCAAAGCCUCCACUGCCCUCUUUUGUUUUUCUGCCGAACAUAGAAACUCCAUUCUACCCCCCAGUUGGCUUGCCACCUCCAGUCUUACCCAUGUACCCCAUGGUGCCUGUACCACCCGUUCUUCCUGGUUUUCCUGCACCGAAUAUGUUACCCGAUUGUGAGGAAAAAUCCUCACCACCAGGAACAGAGUCUUCACCUACAACUACAGCUGCAUCGACGGUUUCCUCAAGCGCAGCAUCCACAGGACAGCCGACAGUAGCUGAAACGACAACAGAUGUUAUAACUACUGUCAGUCAAGCACCAGGCACUCUUCGAAAAAAUAAAAGGAAAAAGAUGCUGAUGUAUAAUGGCGGAAUGGAUCCACUACGUCGUUUGAGACAAUUAGUUCAAAAUUCUGGUCUUAAUAACAUACAACAAAAAACGCAAGUAGAUCCGAUGGAGGAAACCGAUCCGUCAUCUACAGAAAUACAAGAUACAUUCCAAAUCGAUCCAUUUGCUAAUCUUGAAUUACAGCAUAGAACUAACAUUAAGUCACCGCUAGUUGACAACGAUAUAGCUAAUUUCAAAUAUUUAUCAGAGUUGAUUCAUAGAGUCAAUUUAAAUGAUACAGAUAAAACAGUUGUUCCACGGAUAAAGCCAAUUGUUAGAAAUCGAAAACCACUCAUAAUUAAUCAAAAGAAAACUCGGAUUCCUAUACUACCACCGAAAAUCGAAGAACCCAGUCGAAGAUUUAAUAUUGAAAUGUAUCCUCAGGAAUCUAAAACAGCAGACGAUAUGUUUUACUCUAAGCUUGGUAAACAGAUAGCAACACUUAUAAGGGGCGUCGAUUCAAAAAAUAAUCGACAAAUCGACAUUGAAAUCGAGCAUUUAGAUCAGAAUACACCGAGCUACCCCAUAUUUAGUGAACUCAGUUAUGCACCGCACUCGUAUUGGGAGAGAUUUGCUAGGUCUCCCAAGAAUUAUCUUGAACAGUACCGCAAAAAAAACGAGCAUCGCAAGAAAAGUAACGAAAACCUAUAUAAUAUCGAAGACAAAGUUGAAUUCUUAGCAUCAACAAUGCUACCAUUGAGUUUACAAGAAAUUGAGAAUUUUAUCAAAGGCAUUCCAGAUAUUGAAGAAGAUGUAGGGGAGUACUCACCACAUAAAUAUCAACAGUCUUGUAACAAAACUCUUAAUAUUAAUUUGUGGCCGGAGGAACCAUCAGCUGUUAAUGCAAUACCAUAUCAUGCUAAGCCAAUCAUAUAUAAAUCUCCACCGCAUUUUAACAACACAAAGGAAAAAACAUCGGAAAACGGUUCGAAAUUAAAAGGUUUUCAUAUGCAGAACGUCUAUUCUACGUGGGUCGACAGAGACCAUUCCCCUCACAAAAUCCUUGCCAAUAUAGUACAAAAUAUUAGACUCGAGAAAAUUAGUGACGACAAUAAUAGAAAAAAUUCUAAAAAGAAGAAAGUAAAUUAUGGUAAUAUACCAGUUAAACAGUUUACCCUAGCCCCCACCAGGCGGUCACACAAGGCGGCCGUACUGAAAUCGCUCUCGCCUUUCGAUUAUAAUAAGAAAUUUGUACAGGAUAAUAACCCUUUUUAUGAUAAAACGGAUGAAUUCAAAUAUCCAGUAGAAAACUCAGCACAAUGCCUGAUGGGCGAUGUGUGA